UAGAUUGCUCACUUUGGUCCCGGCUUCAUAAUCUGCCAAUUCAACCCGUUCUAUCUUGUGAUUUGGUGCGGUUUUACGGAUCAUUCUCGUUUGAUUUUCAGUCGUUAAAUCAACGACAUUAAAUUGCAUUCCCGUUCUGCCGAACCGUUCAAAUUAUUCAAGAUGUACCGUAUCUCUGCCGCUCUUGCUAGAAACAAUGUACCCAAAUACUUUGCUAGAAACUAUGCCAAGGACAUUAAGUUUGGGCCUGAAGUGCGAAAACUUAUGCUUGAGGGAGUUGAUAUCCUUGCUGAUGCUGUUGCUGUAACUAUGGGCCCGAAGGGCCGUAAUGUCAUCCUAGAACAAAGCUGGGGUUCUCCUAAAAUCACUAAGGAUGGUGUAACUGUUGCCAAAGGUAUUGAAUUACAAGAUAAAUUCCAAAACAUUGGUGCUAAGCUUGUACAAGAUGUAGCAAAUAAUACCAAUGAUGAAGCUGGUGAUGGCACAACAACAGCUACUGUGUUAGCACGUGCUAUAGCUAAAGAAGGAUUUGAAUCAAUUAUUAAGGGUGCUAAUCCAAUUGAAAUUAGACGAGGUGUAAUGUUAGCUGUUGAUGAAGUUAAGGUUCAAUUAGGUAAUUUAUCAAAGAAAGUUCAGUCUGCAGAGGAAAUUGCACAAGUUGCCACAAUAUCUGCUAAUGGUGAUACUAGUAUUGGACAACUUAUUUCUUCAGCUAUGGAAAAAGUAGGAAAAGAUGGUGUGAUAACAGUCAAAGAUGGAAAAACCUUAGAAGAUGAAUUGGAAGUUAUUGAAGGUUUAAAAUUUGAUAGAGGGUACAUUUCCCCAUACUUCAUUAACUCUGCUAAAGGUGCCAAAGUAGAAUUCCAAGAUGCUUUGGUGUUGUUCAGCGAGAAAAAAAUUUCAUCCGCUCAAUCAUUAAUUCCUGCUUUAGAAUUAGCUAAUGCACAACGUAAACCACUUGUUAUAGUUGCUGAAGACCUUGAUGGUGAAGUUAUUGGAAUGCUAGUUUUAAAUAGAUUGAAAAUUGGUCUAAAUGUUGCGGCCGUCAAAGCGCCUGGAUUUGGAGAUAAUCGCAAAUCUACAUUGACUGAUAUGGCAAUUGCAACUGGAGGUGUUGUUUUCGGCCAAGAAGGUAAUGAACUGAAAAUUGAAGAUAUCAAAGCUGGUGAUUUUGGUGAAGUCAAAGAAGUAGUUAUCACCAAAGAUGACACUUUGCUGUUGAAAGGUAAUGGCAUACCAUCUGACAUUGAACAAAGAGCUGAACAAAUUAGAGAUCAGAUCAAGGAUACUUCAUCUGAAUAUGAAAAAGAAAAACUGCAAGAACGUCUUGCAAGGUUAGCAUCUGGUGUUGCUGUAUUGAAAAUUGGCGGUAGUAGUGAAGUUGAAGUCAAUGAGAAAAAAGACCGUGUUACUGACGCACUAAAUGCCACCCGUGCAGCUGUUGAAGAAGGUAUUGUUCCCGGAGGUGGUACUGCAUUAAUCCGUUGUGGACCUGGAUUAAAUGCAAUCAAAGUAGCCAACAAAGAUCAGAAAAUUGGUAUUGAUAUUGUGCGUAAAGCAUUAACCAUGCCAUGUAUGACAAUUGCCCGAAAUGCUGGUGUUGAUGCUGGUGUUGUAGUUGCUAAAGUGUCUGAAGGUAAAGAUGCUUUUGGUUAUGAUGCAAUGAACGACGAAUAUGUUAACAUGGUUGAAAAAGGAAUCAUCGAUCCAACCAAAGUUGUCAGAACAGCAAUAACUGAUGCUGCAGGUGUUGCAUCAUUAUUGACUACAGCAGAAGCAGUUAUCACUGAAUUACCCAAGAAGGACGAGCCAUUACCAGGUGGUGGUAUGGGAGGAAUGGGUGGAAUGGGCGGUAUGGGAGGAAUGGGUGGCAUGAUGUAAUAAUUUGUUUUAGAAAUCACAAAGACUGACAUCGCAAGUGGCAUAAAUAUUUUUCUAUCCUAGUUAUGUGUUGUUCUCGAUGUUUUAUUUUAUAAGAAUCAAAUUUAUUAAUUAUUAGUAACAUUAUUAGUUUUUUUUUUAUACAUAUUUUUUAAAUUCAUGUGUUUCUAUGUACAAAUGGAUUGUAAGUUUCAUUAGACACACAUGUUAAGAGAUAUUUUGUCUAUUGCAUAGAUGUUUAAAUUGGAAAUUGUACAAAGUGUUUUAGGUCAUAUAAAACUCAUUCCAAAAAUCAUUGCAUAUAUUUGUUUUUUUUUUUAUUUCAACAGAAUAAAAAGUGAUGUUGCAAU